AUGCAGGAUUAUAUUAUUGAAUAAAAUAAAAUAGAUGUCAUAGUACAAGAUCCUACUAUUAAAUAAAAUCAAGAGGAAUUCAUUAUCUACAAAAUUUAAGGUUAAGAUAGAACAGGCAAUUUUUAAAUUUAACGUCGUUUUAGUGAAUUCUAUUAAUUAAGAUUGUAACUUGUAGAAAAAUGGCAAUAUUGUUAUAUACCUGCAAUACCUGAAAAAGCUAUUUAAGUAUUUAAUUCUAUUAUAAAUUAAGGGAAAUAUGACUUAAUAAUUUGUAUAUUAAAGAUUGCAAAUGUUAAAUUAUUUUAUGAGAUAAUUAUCUCAUUUUUAAUAUUUGUGGUAUUCUCAGGAAGUUUAAAAUUUCAUAAGAUAACCAAAUAUUUAGGAAAGUAAUUCUAAUCAAUAGCAAAAGAAUUAUGCUGAUUAUUUGAUUUCAAUAUUUCCACAAUUUGCAGAAAAUCCCAUUAGCUAAUAAAAUGAAACAAUAAUAGAAUAAUUUUUCCUUUUUAUUUAAAAUGCUACUCCCAUACUACAAAAUUAUAAAUUAAUCAUGAAAAACUAAAUAAAUAAAAGGUAAAAGUUACGAAAAUAAGUAGUAAAAAUUAUUUUUAACAAAUUAAUAUUUUUCAAAAUUAUUUUAUACCUGAAUAUGAGACAUCAUUAAACGAAAAUUUUGAAGAAUUACAAUUUCGAUCAUCAAGCAAAUUGAUUUUCGAUGUUCAAAAAGAUUUUGAUUUAAGUGAUAACGAAAAGUAAUUCUAUAUCAUGUAUACUUAGAUUAAAAUUGAAUUAAAUGAAUUUUAAGUAAAAAUAAAUAAUUAAAUUUAUUAGGUGUUAAAUGGAGUAAUUUAAGAGAAAAAGCAAUUAUAUUUAGAGAUUUAAUCUUUGAAAAAAUAACUUAAAAAAUAAGUUAAUUAUGUUUCUGAAAUUUAAAAUAAGGGUUUAAAUAUAAUAAAGAAAAUAUUAAUCACUAAAGAUGAAGAAAUAGAAUUAUAAUUAUCUAAAUUAAAACAAGUAAUUUUUUACAACUAAUAUAGUUUGAAAAAGAACUGACAAUAAAGAUUUCAAUCUAUAAUUUAAUCACAAAUAAAUUAGCAAUCGAGAUAGAAUUUUUAAAAAAGAUUUUUUCAGAGAGUUAUUAUUGUUUAGUUAGAGAAAUGAGUCAAUACUUUAAAAAAAAUGCCUAAGAUGUAUUAAUUAACAUUAUUAUUAGAAUAUUUCUUUUUAUUAAAAUCUUUUAUAAUAAAUAGAAAAUUAAGGCCUUUGA